AUGCAUUCGAUCGUAUCUAUGUUCCAGGAGUUCAAGCUCCGACGCUCUCAAUCCCGACGGCGUCGGUCAACCUCACCACCCCCCAAAUCAGCAUAUAUUCAACAUUCACAAUAUGAAGAAAGGGUUCAUUCUUGCCCAUCAUUCUCCCGUGUGCCUCAGAAAACCGUUCAAUGGGGCUCAGUGACGCAAAUACCUCCGCCGCCCCGGGGGAGACACUACCCCCUAAGAAACCGUGCCUCAAGCCGAUGUCCUGGCAAAUCGAAUCUAAAGCAACCCACCAGACUCGACCAGGAGAUGUUCCGGCAUAAUAUGUGGCACAUGGUCGGCAUGGCCGACGAGCGGCUGGAAUUUACCUACCAGUGCAUCGGGGACAUGCGCGGCAUGGGAGACAAGGCUCUCGACCUCAUAAUGAAGUGGGAAGAGCAGUCCGUCCGCAAUGAGCUGACGCGAAAAGUUAUCGAAUCAGCCUAUGAGUUGGAUAAUCUCUCCCUGGAGUCGAUUCCUAGCCAUAGCCGUCGGCCUAGAAUGCUCAGGCGUCGUCAAUAA